AUGCCAUCCUCCAAGUAUGAUGGAACAUCUGAUCCUGACGAUCACGUUGCGCCUUAUGAAGGUCUUUCCAUCCACAUUGACCGGGAUAGCCUAGACAUGGUUCAAGAGUUUGAAGCCAGACACCGCGAGCGCACGACUGGAGAGUUAUUAUCUGUUAAGCAGGGCGAGAAUGAAAGCUUGCGGGAUUUUAUUGGUCGUUUCAAUGUUGAAGCGGUCUCAAUUCCGAGAUUGCAGAAGGAUGUGGCCAUGUCGGCCUUCAUGAUGGGACUCAAAGAAGGGUCACCCUUCCGGAGCUACCUGGGCCGAAAGACUUACACGUCCCUCGGACCAGUCCUUGGCAAGGCCAAUGACUUUAUAAGGGGAGAAGAAUUUGAUAGGGCUGUGAGCAAACGCGAGCCAGAAAAGAAAAAAGAAGACAAGCAGAGAAAAGAGAAAGGUCGUGAGAGUGACCGCGGCCGGGAUGAUAGAAGGCUGGAAUCAAAUGUUGUAAAAAGGGGAAAUGAUCGUGAAAAAAAUGACCGCGAGAGGUAUGAUCGAGACAGAGGUGACCGCGAGGGAGGUGGUCGUGAUAAGGGCGAACGCAAAGAAAGAUUCGACGCGUAUAACCAACGCACCACCUCCAGAAGCCAGAUAUAUCUGAUGAAUAAGGAUAGUGAUAAAUGGCAGCUUCCGAAGCAGAUGUUCCACAAAAACCGCAACAAAAGCAAGUGGUGUGAUUUCCAUGGGGAUCACGGACAUCUGACUGAAGAUUACCAACAUCUUAAGGAUAAUCUGGAGGAUCUGGUAAGAAGAGGUUAUUUCAGCCAAUACAAGGCUUAG